AUGGUGUCGCAAGCUGAGCUGGAAGCUGCCAUCAGGGCACAAGUGGAUGGCGUCACAGCACUGGUGAGCAGCGUUGCUUAGCUCGGACAUCCGCAUGUCUAGCGGCUGCGACAUGUCCAGCUCUCUCGCUGACCCUACAUUACUCUGUACAUCUCUGCACAGGUUGUGUCUGAUGUUUCUGGUGGAUGUGGACAAGUAAGUGACAGUUGCAGGCACUAGCAAUUUGGCAACACACGGCCCGGCGAGGCGAAAGGCGCUCUUGCAGGCAGACCAAGCUUGCUGGUUAGAGGGCCGCCUAGGCCAUGGCUAUCCAGUAGUGCAAGCACCAAGUGACGGAGCUCUCAUUACCAGCGAUGCUGAUUGCGCUGCUCAUCGUCUUCAGGCCUACGACGUCAUCAUUGUUUCUCCGAUCUUUGAGGGGUGAGCCAGUGCCAGCUACAUCUGUGCCCAUUCAAGCGCUUGAAGCUCAUCUUCUGAUGCUGCAUGCACAGCCUUACGACGCUGAAAAGACAUCGCCUAGUCAAUGACUUGCUCAAGGAUCAGAUCGCAGAGCUUCACGCGUUCUCGCAAAAGACCUUCACACCUAAGCAGUAUGAAGUGAGUCCCCUUCGAUCGGAACUUGCGCAAGCGCAGGAGCAGGGCAGGACACAAGAGAGCGUGAACGGAUACUAGAGGCGAUAGGUGCAUGAAAAGCUCCGGCUCCAUCAAUCUUGUCGCGAUACACGUCCGCUGCUCAGGAUGGAAGGAGAGCCCAAAUACAUGAAUGGACAGUUGCGUGCGGUUAGCCGGACCUUGGGUUGCGAAGUGCGACGUUGUGCAAGAGUCGUUGUCUAAACGACGUGCUGCAGACACCCUCGGAUCAGAGAGCCUUGCCCAUCUGACGCAUACACGAACGUCCCCUCUGCCCAGGAACAAGGUGCCGAAGCGGCCACAGUGCCAGCUGAUGUACCAUCGACACCUCAAGCACCAGCGCCCAGCUCAACGCUGCAAAGCUUGUCGCCAGCCGCGAGCGGCAAGAAAUCGCAUCAUCGGUCUACAUCCUCAAUAUCGGUCCCAGAAUUGACUCUUACGACGGAUCAUGAUGAUUUGGUUGGUGGACCUCAAAGUGGAAGCAGACCACUGACACCUGGACAUCAAGGACCGAGCCACGGACCUUUGCAGGACUCGCAAGGCAGAAUGACGUCUAGCGCGAGCAUCAGCAAUUUGCAUUUGGCGCGGAUCAGUAGGUAAGUGAGCCACAGGCAGACCGUUAAUAGAGAAUGAUCGCUGGCUCAGCUGCUCACGAAUUUCGCGGGAAAAAUCAUUCACCUCAACCACAGCGUCGGUAAGUGAAGCUUGAGGCGCCCAACAUUUCCGUUGGCACUUGUCUCUGACAGAUUCCGGUUUGCCUUGACGAUAGAAUUCUGGGACGGCUUGCGCGCCUUUUUGGAAGGACAGUUCUUGGGGCCUCAAGGUGAAGCGGGCUCAGCAUCGCCGAAUACCAAUGGCCGCACGAAGGGCGAAGCCGAGAUGAGUCGGUGAGUCGUUGUCAAAUCUACUGUAGGGCUUCUCGCCUCCGAGCGCAAUCACGAUGGUCGCCCUGCUGAUUGAAUAUUGUGGACCGGUACAGAAUCUUUGAGGACGUGCUUUCGAGCCAAAGAUCCUAUCUCACUGGUAUGUCCGCUACGCAUUCUCAUUUGCUUUGAGGUCGCACGCUCACUGCCGGCUCUCCUUUCGAGAUACAGCGAGUGACAUUGCAAAGAUCAGGGAUGGCACGGGUAUGACUGGGCAAGGAGGUGUCUGA